AUGAACGAAACUUGGGUUUAAUUAGAUAUCAGAUAAAAUAAAGUACAAAAUAUAUUAGUGAAAAGAAUGCUUAGAUUGUCAAAAGUAUUGAUGCAGAACUUUAGUCAUAUGUAGUUGUUUUAUUUAAGUAAUCUAAUUGAUGGAACUAAGUUUCCACCAAUAAUUAUUUUUUAUGGACCAAGAAAGAGCUUAGACAAAUAACUUGAUUCAAAGAAUUAUAUCAUUUGGUUUAACAUUUCAAAGAAUAGAGCUUUUAACAAUAAAAUAGGAUUUGAAUAUUGGAUUGAUAAUGUCUUUCUGAAACAAAUUAAAGACAUAUAUAUACUAUCAAUUUAUUAAACCUUUUACUCCUUCUAGGUUUUAACCUAUGAAUCAAACUAUGAUGUAGAUAUUUAAAUAAAAUUUAAUAGUUAAAUAAGAGGAAUUUAAUAUGAAAAGUUGAGAGUAAGCAAAUAGUAGAAGUUUCAAAAAAAUUGA